GAAAGUCCUGAUCUGAGACUCAAAGGGGUUUUCUCUCUUAAACAUCAGCAGAACAGACCAUGAAGCUCAUCCACACUGACAGGCAAUGUAGGAUCCACAAGCUGUGUGGACAGCCAUGAGUGAAGACACUGAUGGACUGGCAGAGCUGGACUCUGAGCACAAUGCAGAGCUGGCCGACAUGGUGGCCGCCAUGAGCAUGGCAUCCAACCGGAUGACCCCUCCCAACAGUCACCGAAGGCCCCCUGCACCAGCGCGCCGGAAGCUGUCAUUGUCAGACAGGAAGCUAUCAUUGCAGGAGCGAUCGACCCAGCCGCGAGAGGCCCGACAGCCCACCAUCGAGUCCAAGCGGGUGUCCAUCUCAGAUUCCCAGAAUUGUAUCCAGCUCAACCAAUACAAGUUGAAGGAUGAGAUUGGAAAGGGCUCAUAUGGGGUGGUGAGAUUAGCUUACAAUGAAGAUGAUGAACAAUACUAUGCAAUGAAAGUUUUUUCAAAAAAGAAGUUGAUGAAGAUGUGUGGAUUUCCUCGGCGUCCCCCUCCUCGAGGAGCCAGCACAGAACAGGGACUGCAACCCAAACCCCUGGGGCCACUGGAGAGAGCCUACCAGGAGAUCGCCAUCCUGAAGAAACUAGACCACCUUAACAUUGUCAAUUUGGUGGAGGUUCUCGAUGAUCCUGCUGAAGAUAAUCUCCACAUGGCCUUUGAGUUAAUGCCAAAAGGCCCAGUGAUGGAGGUGCCCUCAGACACUCCUUUCACAGAGGGACAAGCCCGCUUCUACUUCAGAGACAUCAUCCUGGGGAUUGAAUACUUGCACUACCAGAAGAUCAUCCACAGAGACAUCAAGCCUUCCAACCUGUUGCUGGGAGACAAUGGGCAUGUGAAGAUUGCAGACUUUGGUGUCAGUAACCAGUUUGAGGGGAGUGAUGCUCUCCUGUCCAGCUCAGCAGGGACUCCAGCCUUCAUGGCCCCUGAGAUGAUGACUGACCAUGAACAGAGCUUUACUGGCAAGGCCUUGGAUGUGUGGGCCAUGGGAAUCACCCUGUACUGCUUUGUCUAUGGGAAGUGCCCUUUCAUCGAUGAAUACAUCAUUGGCCUGCACAAUAAGAUCAGGAACAGGCCUGUGGAGUUCCCAGACAUGCCGGAUGUUUGCAAGGAGUUGAAGGAUCUUAUUGUAAGGAUGCUGGAUAAAAAUCCUUAUACAAGGAUCACCAUUCCUGAAAUCAAGGAGCACCCGUGGGUGACGGAGGAUGGCACUGACCUUCUACCCCUGGAGGAGGAACACUGCACCGUGGUGGAGGUCACUGAGGAGGAGGUCCAGAACUCUAUCAAACUCAUCCCCAGUCUGUCCGCUGUGAUCCUGGUGAAGUCCAUGCUGAGGAAGAGGUCCUUCAGUAACCCAUUUGUGUGUCAGAACAGGAGGGCAGAGAGGUCCAUGUCUGCUCCAGGAGGAUUCCUUGCAGACUCUUGGGGGAUUUUGGAAUCCAAGGUUCAUCCUUCGUUGAGGAAAUCAAGCAGAGUCGCAGAGUUGGAUGGAAACGUAGAAGGAGAGUUGGAGGACCUUACUGAAGAUGAUGGUACAUUUGCAUAGGCCUGCUGGUAAACCUGCUCCCACACCAUUCUUUCUUUGUUUUUUUGUUUUUUUCUGAUUGACCUGUUUAAAUUAAAGGACAGACCUGUUUAAAGAAAACUCUUUGCUGUAUCUUCACAUAAUAUGUAAUAUUAAUGUAAUGUAUUUGAAGAAAGAUCCAAAUGAAAGAGCUCACCCCGAUACAGUCUUUUAGAAAGAUUAGUGAUAAACCUUUAUAUAUCAUAUAAUAACAGUACAAACCAUGUGUUAGUUUUUAAAAACUUUUGUCUUAUCCCAACUGCAUGUUGUUUGUGUCUGUUGUUAACAUAGGGUUCAUUGUCUAUUCAUGACUGUACUCUUAAUAGUCUGAAUGCCUUUUGUAUGGUUAGCUCUGUGUUUCUACAAAUAUUACACCUAUGUGCUCAGCUGAAAUGUGGUUGUUACAAUGCAAAUAUUUACCAUCCUAAAGAAGUCAUUUUUGCAUGCUUUCAUACAGUUGAUGUUAACGAUAAUUAAAGUUAGCAAAUGAA